AUGAGUUUUUUUACUAAAUUUGUUACGCUCGCUUCACUCGCCGCAGCAUCUGUUCCUGCAAAGGUUUCAGAUCUGGAAGAAUGCGUAGCUGGUGGCCAGUCAAACACCUGCCACGACCUGAGCGAUAAAUGGUCGAAAACCAACAGUUGGACCUGCAGAGCUUGCUUCAACAUUCGCGUCCACUACAACAUGCGUUCGAUUUCCAGACAAUGGGCGAACAACUUCAAUGCUCGAAGAAGCUCAGUCGUCAUCGCUCUCACCUCCAGAGUUUCAUUUGACAAAGUUGCAGCACCAAUCGAUGGUCGGGCCGAAUCCAUCAUCGAACUCGGCUACGACGCGGACGGAAACUACCUCUUCAGACUGGAGUUCCAGAAUUCCUUCAACCCAGGAAACGACGAAGUCGACUUCAAUAUAGAAUAUCAAGAGCGAGAGGGAAGUGCCUCCGUGGCCUACAUCUGGUCCUGCGAUUGUCGAGAUUCUGCUGCUAGAGAAAUCGAAGAAACCACCACUAUCUCUUCCACAACUUCGCCAACGACCACUACUACGCCGACCACAACUUCGAUUACGACUACGACCACAAGUUUGUCGACUAAAUCAAAGAACGAAGAUGGAAUCCCAUGCUCCGAUAUCUACCAGGUCUUCCCAGAUAGUGCUGAUGUCUCAGGAAGCUGGAAUUGCGAAAACAACACCGACGAGCUGCGCCGAUGGCGGUGCAACUUCGUCUGCGACGACCUCUACAACACUAAGGCCACUACAGUUUGUAUUAAAAACCAUAAAAUGCUCGAAGAGGGCGAUGACGUAUUUGUCUGGACUGACAUUAGACGCGGUAGAUUUGACUGCAAUUCUUGCUCAGUCCCCGCCGCGUAUGAGCAAUUUACUAUUAACCCGCUCGAGGACGGCAGUGUGCCCGAACUCGUGUGCUCUUUGAACACGGAAAAGAAUAGCCACAUUAGAACUUGUAAACUUAACUGCCCCGCCGGCAUGACAUCAAAGCACGAGCUAAAAUGCAGAAAUAACGGAGGAUGGCGAAUGUCGCGUGGUGGCGCAAAAAGCCGCGUCAGCAGGACUCUCUUCUGCAAAUGA